UUAAAGCCGGAAAGACGUCGUCGUCGAAUCGUCUGCGUUUUGCUCAACUUUUACACCGCUUACGUCUGCGGUUGCGUCGCUCGAGCUAAAUAGUUAACCAGUUUCGAUUCGAAUUUCGCUUUCAGUUUCGUUCGAGACACGCGGAGAAAAAGAAGCAGCGGCGUUCACAAAAAGUGCAGUGAGCGACGUGCGAAGACAGUUUGGCUUGAGCUUAUGAAUCGCUGACGUGAACUGAGCAGCGGGAUUUUCCACAUUUUCCACCCACCCACCGCCACCUCCACAGCCAAAAUGCAAUUGCUAUGGGAGCCGCGAAGUGUGCAAUGGAAAAUUGCAAUUCUAAUUAUCGCAUUAGUCCUCGACGUGUCGUGCAUAAGAAAUGGCAACGGUGAUGACCAGCAGAUAUCCGUGAAGCUGAAAAACUUCUUUCCCUCGGAGCAGAUUCCAGAGGGUCAGAAUGCACCAGAAACUUCAGCCCGAGUGACUACGGGCGGAGGCUUUAGACCCUCUCAAAUGCUGGACUUCACGCCCUCGGAUGUGAUGCCCCAGGCUGGCCUUAAUCGCUAUCCCCCCAGUUACUUGGAGCCGAACUAUAAGCACGAAGUGCCCAACUCUCUGGGACAGCAGGCGGCUUCGGACAAGCAGUUCUCCUUCCCCCAGGAAUCGCAUUCGGUUUUCCAGAGCACACCACUGCCCACAACGCCGGUAGUUAGCUACCUAGAUCCGUAUACGCAGCAGAACUAUCGGUAUACACCCACUCCUCCUUCCAUCAUUCAAUAUCAACGAGAGCAGCCGGCUCAGGACGAUCAGAUUUACACCGUACAGUCAUCGUUGCUGGUGGGAAGCCACCAGCAAAACCAUCAGCAGCAGCGUCCCGGCCUCGUGGAGGAUGUGUAUCUGAAGCGACCCGGCUACGUCUUCGAUGAAAGCCCCUCCCCCUCAUAUCGACGACCCACCAGGCCACCGCCUGCGCUCCCUGCACCACCCACAACCGCCGCGCACAAAAUCUCCUAUGAUAGCCAUGAUUACCCACCGCCCAGCUAUGCGGCCGAGCAGACUUCCAAUUUUGUGCCCCAGCAGCCAAAGCAGCGACCACUGUACCAGCGCCAAGACAUCAAUGCCAAUCGAGGGGGAGGAAGUGGAGCAGUAGGAGCAGGAGGAGCGCCAUCUCCAGGCUCGUCUAAUUAUGCAAACAACUUUGAUAAUUAUUCGCAGCGGCCGAACCCACAGCAAACUCAGAUACAGAAUCCCAACCAGAUUCAGCCGCAGUUUGCGAACUAUCAAUACAACCCCCAGAAUGGAGGACGACCUGGAGGUCUGGUAGGAGGAGCAGGAGCUUCAGGAUCUGGACUACCCCAGCGACCCAGACCGGGACAUAAUUACUACGAGUACCAAAUUGGCGAGAUACCGCCACCGCAGUCCAUGCACUUCCAGCAGCCGCAGCAGCAGUUCAACUAUCGUCCUGCCACUCAGUCAUCGGGUGGUGGCUCCGGCGGCGGAGUGGGCGGUGGUUUGGCCACCCUGGCCUCGCUGUAUGCACCACAAUUUACGAAUCUCCUCCUGGGUGGCGGUGGCUCCCCCUCCGCUUCCUCGCAGUCGGCCAGCCCAUUAGGCAGUCUCCUCGGCGCUUUCGCCGGCGCACAAGGAGCAGGACAACAAAGCGGGGGUCUGGGAGGAGCAAGACCACCCAACACACAACUCAUUAGGGCACUGGAGAACAUCGCUCGCAACGACGAUUUGCAGUGCGUGCCCAAGGUGCUCUGCCAGAUGAUUGCCGGUCAAACGUUACGUGGCCAAUUGCCCGGAUUCGUUACCUCCCCGGCCAUAACCAAUUUUCUAGCUGGAUUUCCUGUGGCCUCGCCUGCCCUGAUUUACGGAAGAGCUGCUCUUUUAGGGUUAAGUGGUGGAGAGCGAAGUUGCAUCCAGACCUACGAGAAAUGUCCAAAAAAUGAUAUGGAAAUCAUUCACUAUUUGAACAACCAUCGCGGCGGAUUCUUCAAGUUCUUCAGUGAGCCGGAGGAGACGCCUGUGGCCGCUCAACAGGGAGAUGGCGGCUCAGGAUCCUUGCUUAGCAUCCUAUCAGCCUUGACAGGAGGCGGGGGUGGAGGCCAAAGCUAUACCACUCCGCGUCCCGUACCCCGACCCACUCAAAAGCCCUCCACGGACAUAGCCAGCGGAAUCGGUAGUUUCUUCACCCAGGUGCUUUCCGAAUAUCUGAAUGGAGUGGAGUACCAAAGGCGGAGGAGGAGAAGGAGUCUCAACCUGGGUGAUGACUUCCAUGACGAAGAGGACAACCUGGACACGCAAACGAGUCAGCUGGUGAAGUUUCAGGAUGAUGAGGAGGAGAAGGCGGCCAAGGCGCACACAGAACUCAUAGGGGUACUACAGUUUCCCGAAGAUGAAGGUGAAGGUCGGGUGAUCAACUUCAAGGACAUUCAAAGUGAGGAGCAACACGAAGAAGGAGCUGUCCGUUUUCCCGAUGCCACACCAGCGGAUGUUAUCCGGGAAUUUAAUCGCGACGCCGCCCAACGAAAGCUGAGAUUUCCGCAGGAUCAAGAUGAACCAUCUGCUAAUGUGAGAAAGGCCAAGGAUUUAUCCUUCAUGGAUGGCUGGAAAGUUGUCCUGCCAAAUGGCCUUUCGCAAUCUGAUUUGGGCGAGGAAAAGCGCAGAGGAAAAAGGAUUGUGUUUAGGGAUACCAACGAGCAGCUGGAUGACCAGAGGUUUCAAGAGGAGAGGAUCAGGGAAGAGGAGGAAUUCAGAGAAGCUGAAUUGAGAGAAGAAAGAAUCUUAGAGGAAAGAAUCAGGGAAGCAGAAAUUAGACAGCAGCAACUCCGGGAAGAACAACUGAGAAUUGAGGAAAUCCGGGAAGAACGAAUUCGGGAAGAGCAGCUGCGAGAAGAUCGCAUCCGGGAGGAACAGCUCCAGAUUCAGCGCAUCCGAGAGGCGCAAGAUAUCAAACCGUCCUUCAAGGAUGACACUUCUCCACCAAAUGCAGUUUACGAGGAUGCAGCUCCCCCGCAACGAGGUGCUCGUGUUAUUUUUCCCGAUCACUAUGAACAGCACAUUCGCAAGGGCAAGAUCCUAAAUCGACCAACUUAUGCGCCCACCUACGAAUACAAUGAGGUGGGGGAGGCCAAGGAGGAUCGACUGGUGGUGAGCGAUGAGCAUAGGCCCCACAACCACUACCGAUUGGAGGGUGGGUUCAACUCCCUUAAUUACGGCGAAUAUAUGCCGGGCAACACGGUUCGCUUUGAGAAUCCCACAAAUGAUAGGCCCCAUUACAACUACCCAAAUGCAAACUACAUCAGCGACAAUCGUUAUGGAAGCAGUCAAAAUCAAAAGCCCCAUUACGAGGAUGACAAAAACAUAUAUGUUACCAACUCGCAGGGCGUCAACGAGUACUAUAUUCGUCCUGAUGGCAGUAAGGUGUAUCUUAAAACAGGUUAGGUUUUGUUCAAUUUGUAGGGAUGCUCAAGAAUAUUACAACAUUUUUUGGAAUUGUAAAUAGUAAUAAGCAAAAUCGAAUAUGUCUUAUCUUAAUGUCAUCCUUCAAGAGUAGAAAACUUAAUAGUUUAAGUUUGAAAUAUGUAUUUAAAGUAAUUUAUAAUUUAUGUUAGACUUAAGUUAAUAGAAUGAUUUAAUUCCAUUCCUAUGAUGUUGUAGCUUUCUUCCUUUGCGUUUAUACAAAUUGAUUGACCUAAUGGGUAAGC